UCCUACGCCAUCAUCGGUGCCUCUCGCGGUAUCGGCCUGGAAUACGUGCGCCAGCUGGCCGCCCGGGCGGACGCCACGGUCUUCGCCGUUGUGCGCAACAAGCAGAGGAGCACACACCUGCAGGCAGCUAUCACGAACAUGAACAACGUCCACGUUGUGGAAGGUGAUAUCGUGGACUACAAGUCCAUGCAGCGUGCCGCAGAAGAAGUCGCAUCGCUCAACGACGGGAAGCUGGACUACCUCAUCCACAAUGCCGCUAAGACAGACCAGAAGACCGUGUUCCACGGUUUCUACGACUAUCCCAGCAUGGACGAGCUCGACGCGGACUUGAUGGAUGCCUUCAGAGUCAACACGCUCGGGGUCGUCCACAGCGUCACCCCCUUCGUGCCGCUCCUGCGCGCAGGCCCGACGAAGAAGAUCAUUGUGAUCGGCACCGGAGGCGGAGACCCCAAGGCCGUGUUGACCGUAGGCAUAAAGAACAUGGUCGCGUACUGCGCGACGAAGGCCGCCGCCGUGAUGGUCGCAACCAAGUGGGCCCUAGAGCUCAAGGACGAAGGGUUUGUGGUCGUCACCCUGACCCCCGGCCUCGUGGAUACA